CGUGAUUUUAAUCCGACGCUAGCACCAAAGAAGAAAGUUUGGAAUUUACUUAGCUUUUAAAGCUAAGUCACGUAAAUCCGGAUCCAUAAUAGGCAAGCCUUACUCGCACGAUUACCAUGGCGACCACCAGCGACGUCAAAUUAUCACGAAGUAACGGUCAGCCGUGGGGCUUUCGGCUCUCCGGUGGCGUCGAUUACACUUUCCCGCUAACCGCCGUCAGGGUGGCGAUCGGGGGUCUAGCUGAUGCGGCUGGCUUGCAAGCGGGUGACGUGAUCGUCAAACUAAACGGGGAGCCGAUAAGCCAGCUCACACACGCGCAGGUCCACGAUAAGCUCGUCGGCGCCGGCAACGACUUCGUUCUGUCUGUUGUGCGAGAUCACGAGAUUGUGCGACAACAAAAACAAUAACAGAAAUAAUAAUAACGAUGAUAAUAAUAAUAAUAACGAUAGUACCUAUCGAUCGCCCUUGUUCGUCGCGAUUUCGAGCGAGCGUCUUCUCAUGCGGCAAUAAUCUCUCCCGAAAGAACGAGAAGUCAUCGCGCUGCUUACAAUACGAAGACCCGACGCUCGAACGGGGAGUCACGUUGUAACGUAGAUAAGAGCUGGAAUAAAGUUUGUGAAAAACGCCGA